GCUGCUCGGGGCCGCUCCACAGUGUUGCUAACACAGAAAUGGCCACAUGAAGACGAUGAACGGCCAAAGCGGAGUUCAGUGAACGGAAUCAGCUGUGAGGUCACGUGACGACCAAUCAGCGCCGCUGUUGUCACAACAAGGUGAACGAACGAGGUCCAUGGUGGCAUCUGUGUCACAAAGUCUCCUCUGAAUGGAUUAUUAUUAGCGUGCACGAGCUGGUAAUACUCUCAUCCAGUGCUUUUUUUUUUUACAUCUCUGGGCAAGAUGUCCAAGCAGCAAAGCAGGUGGUCUGAGACCCUGGUGAAGACCAACGCACCGUCACCAAAAAAAGGGGGGAAGGACCCGGCAGCGUUGACAGUGCCUGUGUCUGGUGGAGGUAAACAGUCUGGCAGCACUACGUGCAAACCCAGCACUACUUGUGGAAGGAGCCUCAAUAGCAGAAGCGCUGAUUCAACUUUUGGAGGCAGUUUGAAGCGCGGCAGCCUGAGUCAGCCCACCAAGCCGGCAUCUGGCCCGGCCCGACCGGGGCUCCGUCUCUGCAGCAGCCGGAGCUUCUCGUCUCUCCACACCUCCUCCUUCGCCGCCGUUCCUUUCAUGAGGAGCAGCCGCUCUCUCAGCAGACUCGACCAAAGAGCUGCCCGGGAAGACCAUGCAAGAAAAGAUCAAACCACAGGAAAGAAGGUCCUGGAUUCUGGCCAGCGGUCGUCGUCUGUGGAGAAAAUCAGGAUCAAUCCAGACCAGUGUCACGGUGACAAUGUUAAGAAAAUGAAAACAAGAGGCUCCUUUGAGUCCUCGUCUUCAGUUUCCACCUCCGACAGCCAUCGUGACAAUGAUAAAGUAAAGAAAGAGAGCAGAGAUGGUGUGUACACCCUUUGUGCGAUGACCUCUGGGAUGAGGCGUAACUGGGUCCAAGCCGUGUUAAAGAAUGUGAGGCCAAGCCAAACACAUGACACCAUCAGCUCCUUCUCAGAAGAGGGACCUCAGCAAACAUCAGAGUCAGAUGUGGUUGAACGCAGAGCAGAAAGCCCAAACAGCUCUGUGCAGGAGAGCAGCACCAGAGGGUGGGCAGAGGACUCGCACCCACAGCCCCAAGGCCAGGAAGGACAACUGCAGCUGGAAGGAGAGCAGAGCUCUGCUGAUGGAAGCUCAGCGUCUUCUGCUGUGCCUCCCAUCAGUCCUCCUCAGCAGAUGGAGGAGGACGAACGAGCGUCCUGUCAUCAGUGUCCACCUGUUGCUGCAGCCACACAAACUGGUCCAACAGAAGCAUCGAGUGCUGAAGGAAGUGGAAGUGACAGCUCUGGCUCCAAAGGCGUGGAAGAUGAAAACGCAACACAAAGUGAGGAGCAGCGUGUGUCACUGAACAGCAACACCUGUGAGUGUCCGAAAGAAGAGGACUCACUGCGUUGUGAGAAUCAGACCGGGCAGCUGGUUAGAGAGCUCGAGCAGACACAGAGGGAAUUAUCACGACUCCAGCAGAUAAACAGGAAUGUUCAGGAUGAACUGGAACGAGAGAGAGAAAAGAAUGAUCUUCUAAACUCCAGCCUCUCGUCGGAUCAAAGCUUGGCGUUCCAGCGACUGCACAAGUUGAACCACGACCUCCGCGUCGAGCUGGAGGCGGAGAAGAGGAGUCAGGAAGAGGCGCGGGAGGCUGAGCUGCGGCGCCGGGUCGACCUCCUGGCUCAACAAGCCCAGCUGCUGGUCACAGGCGACGCCACCGCGCUGGCGCAGGCUCACCUGGAGCAGGACCGGCGCCGGUUCCACGAGCAGCGCGCGGAGUGGGAGCGCUCCGUGGCCUCGCUGGAGGCCCAGCUGGCCGCCAGCGAGCAGCAGAGGGGGGAGGCCGAGCGGCGCCUGGCGGAGCUGCAGCAGGAGCUGCAGGGCUUCCACAGCCUCCAGCAGGAGGCCGAGCGCCUGCAGCUGCAUCUGCAGGAGGUCACAACCCACCUGUGCGCUAGCGAGAAAGCACAGGCGCAGAAGGACGCCCGCCUGCAGAAGCACAUCAUGCUCCUGCAGGCGAGUCAGGACAGGGAACGGAGGAGCUUGACCGCCAGCCUGGCUCAGGCUGAAGACCAUUCGCAAGACCUCCAGAAGAGGCUGGACAGAGCGGAGCAGCAGGUGGAGAGCCUGAGCAGAUCUCAGACCUGGGCAAGGGAGAUCGAGGAGGCUCAGCAGCAGCUGCAGGAGGAGCUGGCGCGUACCAUAUCAGCCGUAGAGAAGCUUCAAGAGGAGAGAGAGCAGCUGGACCGCCGCUGCCAGGAGCUGCAGAACCAGCUAAGCGAGGCCGACGGGGAGGUGAACCGGCUGCAGAGCCGCCUGCAAGCAGACGAGACCCAUUACUACAAUCUGGAACACUCGUACGAGAGGGCGUGCGAGGAGCUGCAGCUGGCCUUAGGGAAGGUGCAUCAGAGGGAGAGCGAAACGCAGGAAAUACGCGAAGGCUACGACCAGCUCCUCGACAGGAAGGAGCAGGAGCUGAGUGAGGUUCUGUUGAAGAUGGAAGUCCUGGGUAACAGUCUGGAGGAGACGGAGGUGAAGCUGCAUGAAAUGCAAAAGGUUUGCACGUGUGCAUCCUCGCAGCCGAAGGACAAGUCGCCACAGCUUAAACAGGGAAGACGGCAAGAACCUCGCGAUGUGAACGACAGCAGGUUGACGGUAAUGGAGUGUGUUCAUGAAGACAACAGUUCCAAUGCCUAUGUUUAUGUCAGUGGGAGCCAUGAGCCUGCAAGAAGCCGCUCUCGUUCCAUCGAUCUGUCAUAUCAGUCCAUCAUCUCAGCAGGAGACGACCAAGAAAGCUUUGUGUCCGUCAUCCAGCUCCUCGAAACCAAACUCUUUGUGACGGAGGAGAAGCUAAGAGACAUCACACACAGGCUGGAAGAACACCAAAGUCACAUCACCUGCCAGGACCCGCACCUCUGCUCCCAGCUCACCCAGAGCCGGGCCACGGCUCAGCACCUGAGCCUGCUGCUCCACAGUCAGGCCAAGCGGAGCCAGCGCUUCGCCCUGGAGACGGAGAACCGCUGCAGGCUGCUCGCCGGCAGGUUUCAGGCCGCGCUCAACGCCGUACAAAGCUGCAGGGAGCGGCGCCACGGCACUGACUUUGAGAAACAACUGGCCACAGUCGCUGCCUGCCUUCAGCAAGGACGCAAAGAGGCGGAAAAUCUACAGCAUGAAUCCUACAAUGUCGGCAGAGGAGAGAAUAAAAUCCUCACGGAUGACACAUUAGCUGGAGCCGUGAGCAGCUCUAGCAUUGAAGGUGCAGGAGAGAGUCUUGGGAAGUAUGUGAGAAGAGAACUCUAUGUUGUAGAAAAGAUGGUGUCUGUCCUUCAGGGGCAACAGGGAAUUACACAGCUGUCAGGGUUAUCAAGGGAGGAUGAGGGGGAUGUGGCACACAGGUACAAGAGCACAAUCCUCCAAAGACUCGCCUUAAAGACAGAAGGAGAGGACACGUUGGACGGUGCGAUCGCUAGAGUCUGUGCUGAAGCCGAGCUCAUUUACAUCGCCAUGAAACUGACUCAACAGAACGAUCAAAGGAAGGGUCUGGCAGAUAUCAGCCCCCCAGAGUUAGCGCCUUACGAGGAACAAGUGCAGGAGGAUGGUGGAGGCUCAGAAGAAGAACCUGUUGUAAAUGGUUCAUCUGAGGCAGAGAAGGAGCCAGAGUGGCUGGAGAUGCUUAUAUCCAGCCUGCAAAGAAGAGCGAAGCUCCUACACCAACUGUGCCAGGAAGUCCCCGAUGAGGACAGGACAGUCGCUGAAUGUGGGGGGUGCGGUGACUCCACAGUGGAUCCGAACUGGGUGCAGGAACAUGCAAAGUUGGUUUAUUUGUCUGAGAGGCUGUGCUUGGAUUUAGAGCAGGAGCUGCAGCAAAGCGAGGCGCUGCAGAGCAAGCUGCAGGAUAUAGAGAAGGAGCAGGAGGGCACGUUAACCGAUGAGCUGGAGGUUCUGAGCGGCACCUUGAGUCAGCUGCAGGGGGACAACAACGCGCUGAGAGAGGAGCUGGAGCGCGCCGAGCACAAGAUCCAAUCAGUGGAGUCGGGGAACCAGAGGCUCAUAGAAGACGUGCAGAAAAUCGAGGGUCAUCGCGAAAAACUGGAGGGAGAGUUUCAGCAGAAGAUAAAGACGCUGCAGCAGAUCCAUGAGGAGGAGAUGAAACACUUGCAUGAUUACUACACAAAGACUUUUGUUAGCAAAGAGAAACAGAGCACAGAAGGAGAGCGAGGAGCGAAUGGGGAACCGGGGGGUGAAGCGGUGGACGGUGAUGCGCCGGCAGUGACGUCCUUCCAGGAAGAUGUGGAAAAGCUCCAGGUCACUGCUGUGGAGGAGAUGCACAGGAAGAUGAUAGAAGAUCUGCAGCAGCAGCAUCGCACCGAGGUGGCUGCACUUGUGAAGGAGAAAGACCAGCUGCUGCAGGAGGAGACCGCUGCCACGAUGGCAGCCAUUGUAGCAAUGAGGAGAGCUCAUAAACAGGAGCUGGAGAAAUACAGACAGAGUCAUCACUUCAGGGAGAACGCUGACAUCACUCAGCUGCACAUCGAAUAUGAAAAGGAGAUCCAGUUAUUGCACAAGGAGCUGGAGUCGCUGUCGGUUCAGCACACUCAGAAGUGUCUGGAGAACUCCCAGCUGAGCCAGGAGCUGCAGGGUGAGAAAGAACUGUUAGUGCGGUACCAGCAGGAAAACCAGGACCUCAAACAGAAGCAGGUCGAUGCACAUGAAACUGACUGCUCCCUGAACGGGGAUCAGUCCCUUGUGGCCCCACAACUGAACGACUUCUACGAGAUGGAGGUGAUUCUGCGGGCGAGGGAGGCAGAGAUGCAGUUCCUCCUACAGGAAGCUCGUUCUCUCAAGGAUGAGUUGAAGAUUGCUCGAAUGGAUAAAAUCUACGCCCAGAACAAGCUGAAGGCUCUUUAUAAGAGCAGCCAGGAGGAGUCCCAUCAUGACGUCCACAGAUCCCGUGAAGAGAUGAAGUUCGCAACUUGGUCUCCGAGUAGAGAGGCUUCAGGGCAACAGCUCACGGACACAGCGACUAACACAGGUAAUGGAGCUUUUCCGAAGAAAAAGGAAAAGUCAUCCCUCAUAUGUAGGAUCAGAGGAGUGAGAUCGAAGAGUUUAAAAGAAGGCCUUUCUAUCCAAGAGAGAAUGAAACUGUUUGAGUCCUGCUGAGCAACAGAUGAGACUGACCACGUCAUUGUUCAGCACAAUGUUUUAACAGAUUUAUUACAGUAAGUCCAACCUUUGUUACACAAUCAACUAUACUGUUUAAAAGGUGGAUGUCUUCUUUCUCGUAGGGAAAAAAAACAUCUAUUCAGAUUUCACAUAAAAGGAGACUCAAUCCCACUAGAGGGAGCAACAAACAACUUUUAACUGUUAAAAUGUAAUUGUUGAAAAUAGUUUUUAAUAUCUCAAAGAUACUGUUGAUUUGUAUUACCACUGGAUGUACUACUAUGACACAGGCCUUUUUGACAACAUAAUCGUUUGAUCACAUACUAGUAUGUAAUGACUAUAACACUUUUUUUGACAACACAAACAAAAUGACCAUUUUUUACUGACAUACUAUACUAUGGGACUUUUUUGACAACACGGAGAUAUGAUGACAAUUUAUACAAGUGUGUGACUAGUAUUUAUACUGUGGGACUGUUUACUUACUUUACUAUAGGCCUUUUUGACAACAUACGACCAAUUUUUGAUCACUACUGUUUAUAUAGAUAAUACUGUUUUAUGAAACUUUUCUUGCUGACAUGCUACUAUAGGACUUUUUUCAUACUGUACUAUGGCAAAAUUCUGAUGUCACUGGCUUUUUUUGAUAACAAUAUUUUGAGACUUUUUCAUCAAAAUUUUUAUCAAGAUUAUACUCAUGUAAUUGUAAUGACUAUUUUGUUGCAAAUUUUGAUUACAUGCUAUACUAUGACAUUUUGUAUGUGACAUGCUGUUUUCUGACACUUUUUACAUCACGUAACCUGAUGUAAAAACUAAAGUCGCUGUGGGUUUAGCACACUCAGAAAUGUCUGGAGAACCCUCAGCUAAGCCAGGAGCUGCAGGAUGAGAAACAAGUCACAGUAUAGUCUAUAAUAUUAUAUAUAUAGUUGGCAACAUAGUAGUACACAACUGAGACUAUUUUGCAUGAGACUUUUUUCACAUGAGACUUUUCUGCAUGAUACUAUUUUCCAUGAGACUUCUUUCCCAUGAACAAAUGAGGCUUAUGAGAUUUUCACACCAAACACUUUGAGACUUAACAUGUUUUUCAAAUCACUUCGUAUUUGACAAGAAACUUGUGUCGGCACGCGUCACCGCUGACAGUGGAAGCAAGUUGCAGUACAAAGACAAAACAAUACAAAAAAUAUACCCAUAGUAAAACACAGUACAAGUGGAAACCAAUGAAGUAUUAUACAUAAUACUGACUUUUUCAUCACUUACACACAUUAUGACCUUUUUCAGCAUAUUCUAUAAUGACACUUUAUCACAUAUUAUACUUUAUCAUCAAGACAUUUCUGCUUUGUCUGAGUAAACCUCAUCUGUUCACCUUUCCUCUAUCUGUGCUUUCACAUUUUAGUGAGUAGAUGAUGCUUUAACAGUUUUCACUGGAAAGCUGCAAUAAAACUGUGAAUCUGA